CCCGCAGCUUCUGCUUCAGGAGGCAUUUCCAGCCCCAAAGGAAAGAAGGACUAGUGUGGUAGACCCCAGAGAGAGCAAUCCCUCCUUCAUUACUGCCCCUUGCCCCCCAGCUGCCAGGACAUAGGACAGAGCCCUUCUCAGGGUCAUCUGGCGAGGAUGAGCAAACGGAGCCAGCCCGAGCGCAGAGCGGCGGCGAGGGCUCCCGCGCAGGACUGCUCCGGCCAGCCGCCGCCGUCGCCGCCGAGGAAGGACGUGGAGCUGCUUCUGGUGAAGGAGCAGAAUGGGGUCCAGUACACCAGCAGCAGCCUCCUGCCCGCCGCCUCCAGCCUGCGCUACAGCGCCGAGGGGCAGCCGGAGCGGGAGACCUGGGGCAAGAAGAUCGAUUUCCUUCUCUCGGUCAUUGGAUUCGCUGUGGACCUGGCCAAUGUCUGGAGAUUUCCCUACCUCUGCUACAAAAACGGAGGGGGUGCCUUUCUUAUCCCCUACAUCCUCUUCCUAAUCAUUGCUGGAAUGCCCUUGUUCUACAUGGAGUUAGCACUGGGACAGUACAACCGGGAAGGGGCUGCUACAGUGUGGAAAAUCUGUCCAGUUUUCAAAGGUGUAGGCUAUGCCGUGAUACUCAUAGCUCUUUACGUGGGUUUCUACUACAACGUUAUCAUAGCUUGGUCUCUGUAUUAUCUGUUUUCAUCAUUCACAUUUGAGCUUCCCUGGACAAACUGCGGCAACAGCUGGAAUAGCCUAAACUGUACAGAUCCCAAACUCUUCAACGCCUCGGUGCUUGGCAAUGGCACCAAGUACUCCAAGUACAAACUCACUCCUGCUGCUGAAUUUUAUGAACGAGGUGUACUGCAUCUGCAUGAAAGUGGUGGAAUCCAUGACCUUGGCUCGCCCCAAUGGCAGCUCUCGCUGUGCCUCUUGGUGGUAGUAAUAAUUCUUUUCUUUAGUCUGUGGAAAGGAGUGAAGACUUCAGGAAAGGUUGUGUGGAUAACAGCCACUUUGCCUUACGUUGUAUUAUUUGUAUUGUUAAUCCAUGGAAUCACAUUGCCUGGUGCAUACAAUGGAAUAAAUGCUUACCUUCACAUAGAUUUCAGAAGGUUAAAAGAAGCUACGGUAUGGAUUGACGCAGCCACUCAGAUCUUUUACUCUUUAGGAGCUGGGUUUGGAGUUUUAAUUGCAUUUGCUAGUUAUAAUAAGUUUGACAACAACUGUUAUAGGGAUGCUUUGCUGACUAGUACAAUCAACUGUGUCACAAGCUUCAUCUCAGGAUUUGCAAUUUUCUCUAUACUGGGCUACAUGGCUCAUGAGCACAAAGUGAAAAUUGAAGAUGUAGCCACUGAAGGAGCUGGAUUAGUUUUCAUCCUUUAUCCAGAAGCCAUUUCAACUCUUUCAGGAUCAACAUUUUGGGCAGUGGUAUUCUUCAUAAUGCUUCUCACACUAGGCAUUGACAGUUCUAUGGGUGGAAUGGAAGCUGUCAUCACUGGGUUAGCAGAUGAUUUCCAAAUACUGAAGCGGCACAGAAAGCUUUUCACAUUAUGUGUCUCCUUUGGCACUUUCCUCGCGGCUCUCUUUUGUAUCACCAAUGGUGGAAUUUACAUCCUCACACUACUGGAUACAUUUGCAGCUGGGACUUCAAUCCUGUUUGCUGUUUUAAUGGAGGCAAUUGGAGUGUCCUGGUUUUAUGGUGUGGACAGAUUCAGUGAAGACAUCCAACAAAUGAUGGGCUUCAAACCGGGCCUCUACUGGCGACUGUGUUGGAAAUUUGUUAGCCCUGCUUUUUUAUUGUUUGUGGUGAUAGUCAGUAUUAUAAACUUCAAACCUCUGACCUAUGAUGACUACACCUUCCCUCUCUGGGCAAAUCGCAUUGGCUGGGGAAUAGCAUUAUCUUCAAUGAUCCUUGUGCCUGCCUACAUUAUCUAUAAAUUUCUGAAUGUGCGUGGGACCUUUAAAGAAAGACUAGCUUACUGCAUCACACCCGAGAACGAACACCAUCUUGUGGCACAAGGGAACGUGAGGCAGUUUAAGCUUCAACACUGGCUAUCAAUAUGACAACUGACAGGUUGAGGAAAAAGCCAAUACAUUAAACUAAACUGGGAUUAAAUGAAAAAUCAAGUUCAAAGCUCUCUUGAUUGUGCUUGGACCAGGCUGGCUCAGAGCUCAUCUACUGAUUCCUUUGAGGGAAGACAGCCUCUGCUCCCUGUUUUCUCUAUUACUUGGUUUCAAAUGAACUUACAGACUGGUUUUCCAUUUCCUUAUAUCUUUCAGUGCCAUGAGAUCCAUACUUGAGCAAAUUUGUGAGCUUUGAUAGAGAUAGAAGUGGAGGAGGGAGCAGAAAAUCAUCAUUAAUUAAAGAAACUCUUGUCUUGGAGAAAUAAAUAAAAAAACAUAAUUCCUUUAAUAAUUCCUGCCACAACAUUGUUUAGAGACCAACUAUAUACUCAGAGAUGGAUGCAUCUCAAUUAUGAGACAAGAGUGACUUUAAGUGCACAUUCAUGCCAUUUGCUUUCUUUCAGGACUAUCCUUUGGAUAUAAUUUUGCAUCCUUCUGAAGUAAAGACUCAGUGCUUCACUUUCA